AUGUCUUCUCGCAACGUCGACAUCGCCGUCCUCGCCGAGAUCUUGGAGGAGGUCCUCCGCGACGCUGCCUCGGCGAUGGACUUGGUGUCGGCGCUGCCGCUGCCGUGUCGCGAGCGCAUCGUCGCGGCCCUCGUCUACCAGACGAGGUUCUGCGGCGGCAGUGAUCCAGCAGCUGGCGGCGGCGAGCAGCUCAUCGUCUUCUACGACGUCGGCGGCGGCUGCGGCGGCUUCGGCACCGACGCCUACGCCCACUUCGACGGCGCCGGCGCCCACUUUGGCUGUGGCCGAGCCGACGACGGGUCCGGCGGAUCUUCCGCCGGUGGGCCAGCCGGUGUCCUAUACGGCCCAUCCUCGUCGUCGGCGCCUGCUGACGUGGGCGGCGUACUCUUCAACCCGGCGGCUAUGGACGACGACUCCGAGGAGGUCGUCGCCCCCAACGUCGCCAUGGUCGCGCAGGUCACCGACCCCGUCGUCGAGCUGCCGCCUGUGGUGCUCCCCGGCGACCUCCCGUCGAUCCAGCCCACCGACGUCGCGCCGGACAUCGCGGAGCCCGUCGUCGUCGCCCCGGAGCCGACCCCCGACGCCUCCAACGACGUGAUCACCACGGAGACGACCGCGGGCCGCCUUGGCGGCGGACUUUGGCUUCACGUCGAGCGCGCCUGGAGCAUGCAGAUCCAGCGGUCGACGAGGAGCUGGACAGAUCUGGACCGGCUCCACGUCGCGGCGCUGCAGGAAACCCGGGACAACGCCCGGGCGGCGGCGAGAUUGGAGGCCGCCGUCGCCGCCCAGGGCGAGGCGUACGUCGCCUACAAGGCCAGGGUGGAGCGGCGCGGCGCUCGGGCGGAGCACUUUCCGGCGCCUUCGUCGGACCUGGCGCAGCUGCUGGUCUCGACGUACGGCGACCUCCUUAGCCGGGAGGAGGCCACAGCCGACGCCCAGGGCGGCUGA